AUGUGCCAACUAUGCGUUCUCAACACGAUAUCGCAAAGUUCGCGCUGGCCUAAACCGCUCGAACCCCUCAUCUCGGACUUGCAUCUCCUGGUCACUACCGCACACACUGAACUCCGUGUUCACAAAACCUCUGCUGUUACCUCUGCUACUCAAGACACCAAGCCCUCCACCACAUCAACAAUCACCAUCACCAAAGCCCACCCACGCACAAACUCCUCCCUCUUCACCACCCUCCGCGACAUCAAACCCCUGCUCGAGCUCCUCGAAGACGAAAGAGCAAACUGGUGGAACAACAAAGCAAACGAGAGAAAGCAUUGGAGGGAAACCUAUCAAGAAGACAAGAUUACAAAAAUUAAUGUCGUUAACAACAAGACUGUGGAGAUGAUUGAGGGGUGCAAGGCUAGAUUGGGUACGUUUUGUCGUUGGAGUCUGGGAUUGGAAGAAGGGGUUGAGGGACUUGAUGAGAUUGAGGAAGAGGGGAAGGAGGUCAAGAUGGAAGGAUAG